CACAGCUGCCCCGCCCCUCAGCAGGCUCGCACCGCGCACGCGCAGACAGAGCCGGGCCCGCCGCGCCAUGGCGUCCGAGCGGCUUCCGAGCCGGCCCGCCUGCCUCCUCGUGGCCAGCGGUGCCACCGAAGGUGUGUCUGCCCAGUCCUUCCUCCACUGCUUCACGCUGGCCAGUGCUGCCUUCAACCUGCAGGUAGCCACCCCAGGGGGGAAGGCUAUGGACUUCGUGGACGUGACCGAGAGCAGUGCGCGCUGGGUGCAGGACUUCCGCCUCAAGGCCUACGCCAGCCCCGCCAAGCUUGAGUCCAUCGAUGGUGCCCGGUACCACGCCCUCCUGAUCCCCAGCUGCCCUGGGGCCCUGGCCGACCUGGCCAGCAGCGGGUCGCUGGCCCGUAUCCUGCAGCACUUCCACUCCGAGAGCAAGCCCAUCUGUGCUGUCGGCCAUGGCGUUGCUGCCCUGUGCUGUGCCACCAGCGAGGACAGGUCCUGGGUGUUCCGUGGCUACAGUCUGACUGGGCCCUCUGUGUACGAGCUCGUCAGGGCACCCGGCUUCGCUCGCCUGCCACUCAUCGUGGAGGACUUCGUGAAGGACUCAGGCGCCUGCUUCAGCGAACCUGCUUUUCCUCUGCGGCAGCCGGAAAUGAGCCUGCUGGGUGGACACAGCUGCCUCGAGACAGCCCAGGCAUCCCCAGAGGCAGCUGGACUGCAGCCUCCUUCCUCCUGACGAGAGGCCCUUGAUGACAACCCGGCCUGGCCCCGUGGGGUUGUUGGAGGCUCCAGGAAUCAGCCCUAAGGGUGUCAGCGCUCAUGGAGGGGCCAAGCCCCGUGAUUCCCAGCAUCUCCUCCUCUGGUGGGAAUGGAGACCAGGGCCCUGGGUGCCAAGGGCACCAUGCUGGCUGCUCAGUGGUCCUCUGGAAUUCCGAGUUGAGUGUUCCAGAGAGAACUGGUUGGAGUGCUGAGAACACUCACAGGCCCUGCUGUGGCCUGCCCUCUGCCUGCCCAUCCCAUUAGCCUUGGUUGGGUGCAAGGACCAGCUGGCUGGAGCUUGUGCAUGACUUCUUGCCUGGCCAGAAGUGACUGGAAUAUUCUGGUAACCACAGCCCCCAGCCCAUAAGCUGGCUGGUACUGGCUGCACUUUCCUGCUGAAGAAAUCUGCCCUAAUUUAA